CGUAAUUAUUAUUAGCCCUAAAUUGGAUCUACAUGGUACAUAUAUUAACGGCUUAGGGGAUAACAGUAACUAGUUGAAUGGGCGGAGUAAUCAAAUAGAGCCUUAGGAGCUGUUAUAGGCCUUGAAGAGGGUGGUUUACGGGUUGCCUUAUUGCGGUGACCUGCAUUCGUUUAACUUCCCGAGUCCUACUUCUACUCGCCUUCCGCUCUCGUCCUAUACUCUGCUCGUUGCUGGUAAGAAUGAUUUGAACUUCCAUAGUCAAGAGCCAUUCAGCGUUGUGCUUCUGAUUUUUUUCUCUUCAUAUCCUCAACUCGAGCUUCCUAGUUUGCUGCAGUCAGGAUGGCUAUCGCAUUAUCCCCAGGCCUUGUCGCCCUUCUCGGUAUCGCCAUUGUAUACGUGAUCAGUCGCCUGGUACGAUCGGAAAACCAUGGCCUGCCGCUACCUCCGGGUCCCAAAGGCAUCCCGAUUAUUGGAAAUGUGAAUGACCUGCCAAAGCCCGGAAUGCUUGAGUGCGACCAUUGGCUACAGCAUAAAGAUCUUUAUGGCCCAAUCAGCUCUAUUACAGUACUGGGUCAGACCUUUGUGAUCAUCAAUGAUGCGCAAAUCGCACUUGAGCUCCUGAGAGACCGGUCGGCUAUUCACUCUGCUCGCCCACACAUGGUCUUCAGUAGUGAUAUGAUCGGAUGGAAGAAUACACUUGCUUUCAGCGGCGACACAGACACCUUCAAGCUUCAUCGAAAGAACCUUGCCAAGGUUGCCGGCAGCCGUGUCGCCCUCUCGGUGUUCGAUCGCGCUCAGGAGGAAGAAGCCGUUCACUUUCUUCUUAAUGUACUAGAUUCUCCAGAGAAUUUAUUUGACCAUAUUAAAAAGGAAGCUGGUGCAGUUAUACUGAAAAUUACUUAUGGCUAUACAGCUGAGGCGCACGGAAAGGACCCUCUGGUUGAUAUGGCUGGCAAGACUAUGCACGAAUUCGCUGAUGCAACAGUACCUGGAAAGUGGGCUGUGGAUAUCAUGCCUUUUUUGAGAUAUGCGCCCGAUUGGUUCCCUGGUACUGGAUUCAAGGACACAGCUCGUCAAAUGGCUGCUCAAUUGAAUCGAACUACGGAGCAGCCCUACCAGUUCGUCAAGCAGCAAAUGCGCGAAAAGACGCACAAAAUAUCCUUCCUAUCUCAGGCCAUUGAGGAUGUUGGCUCCGAUGAGAUGGAGAAUAUUCAUAAGUGGUCGGCGUCUUCAAUGUACUUGGGCGGCGCUGACACGACUGUUUCCUCCAUGAUGACCUUUUUCCUGGCUAUGACUGUAUUCCCGGAGGUGCAGAAGAAGGCUCAAGAGGAGCUCGACCGUGUUACUGGAGGCAGCCGACUACCUGUUAGCGCUGACCGCGAAAGGUUACCAUAUAUCGAAGCAAUUGUGACAGAGACACACCGCUGGCACCCUGUUGGUCCUAUGGGUUUGCCCCAUUCCAGCAAUAAGGAAGAUACCAUUCGGGGAUACAGAAUCCCGAAGUGCGCGAUCCUACUUACAAAUACCUGGUGGUUCACGCACGACCCCUCCGUCUACCGCUCACCCAUGACCUUCUUCCCAGAACGAUUCCUCGACACGCCCACCCAUAAAGCCGAACCCGAUCCGCGCACCUGGACAUUCGGGUACGGUCGGCGUGUAUGCCCCGGCCGCUACAUAGCCGAUAACGCGCUAUUCCUCACCAUCGCCCAGUCGCUGGCGGUGUUCAAGAUUAAAAAACUGGUCGAAAAUGGCAAGACGGUGGAGCCGGAACUGAAAUUCGAACCAGGUAUUGUGUCACACCCUAUCCCGUAUCGCACUUCGAUUAAUCCAAGAUCGGAUAUGCAUACGAAGUUGAUCAGGGCGGCGGAGAAGGAAUAUCCGUGGGAGAAGAGCGAUGCGAAAGCUUUAGAAACUGUGAAAUGGUAAAUGGCAGCCGCGUUCGCUGGAUUCCUGGUGUACUGGACGACUUUAUAUGUGACCACGCUUAGAUUUAGAUGACCGUGGUGCGAAUCGACAAUCUGUUUUUAAAUCCAGAGAGUGAGUUUUUGCGUGGAGGCAGCAGAUAUAGUGGAUACACAUCCACUAGUUACUACAAAACUACCAUAACUACUCAACAACAAAUAAUUUCAGACGC